AAGUCGCAAUUAAACAGAUAAAGAAAGCCAGAGGUCAAAGGAAGCUGAGAAGAAGCGGAGAGAGCUCGUUUUCUGAGACGCUGGAGACUUUUUAACAUGGAGACUGGAUUUCAUCUCAAUCCAUUCUUUUAUGAAAUCCAGUUCUAAUCCUUAUCUCUCGAUCUUUGAAAUAGAGCCAAAUGGAACAUAAGCUUAGACCCAAUUUUGAAGCAUCUUCAGGCUUUAAGAAUCUCAAUCAAGAGCAAACCUUUUCGCAAAUUAACCCUAGAAACCCUUGCUACAACAACCUUGAGUUCUCAAAUCUUAAUCACAGUCCAAAUGAUGAAGCUAAGACACCGAAAACCCCGGCUUUGGAUUGGGAUCCGAGAGCCAUGUUGACCAAUCUCUCAUUCCUUGAGCAAAGGAUUCAUCAAGUUCAGGAUAUUGUCCGUUCGAUCAUCGGUCAAGAAGGCCAGCUCUCAAGUCAGCCAACUGAGCUUGCUGCUCAGCAGCAGCUCGUGACUGCAGACCUCACUUGUAUCAUAAUUCAACUGAUUUCAACUGCUGGAACCCUUCUCCCAUCUAUAAAGAACACACUCAUAUCAUCCAAUCCUUCUCUCGGUCAAUUGGGCAAUGUCAUCAAUUCUUCUCCUAGAUUGGUAGUGGAUCCUAUCAUUGGUAAUAAUUAUUCUUCGCAACGAAACGAGGGGAGUUCUUCGGUAGGUGCUAAGGUUUCGGAGUAUGAUGAACUGAUUAAAAGUCUCAGUGAUUGUGGAGGAGAAGUCAACGAACAAAUUCAUAUUGAAGACCAUGAUGUAAAAGAUAGCGAGGAUGGGGUAGAUGGUGAGAAUCUUCCUCCUGGUUCGUAUGAAGUAUUGCAAUUGGAGAAAGAGGAGAUAUUGGCACCACACACUCACUUUUGUUCGAUAUGUGGAAAGGGGUUCAAGAGAGAUGCAAACUUGAGGAUGCAUAUGAGAGGUCAUGGAGACGAGUACAAGACUCCGGCUGCCCUUGCAAAGCCCAUCAAGGAGCUGAGCUCAGAGCCCAUGCCUGUAAAGAGAUACUCAUGCCCUUUCGUGGGUUGCAAGAGGAACAAGGAUCACAAGAAGUUUCAACCUUUGAAAACAAUUCUCUGUGUGAAGAAUCACUACAAGAGGAGUCAUUGUGAUAAGAGUUAUACUUGUAGUCGAUGCAAUAGCAAAAAGUUCUCGGUUAUAGCUGAUCUCAAGACUCAUGAGAAGCAUUGUGGGCGCGAUAAGUGGCUUUGUUCUUGUGGAACAACUUUCUCGAGGAAAGAUAAGUUAUUUGGGCAUGUAGCUUUAUUUCAAGGUCAUACUCCUGCGAUCUCCAUGGAUGAGCCUAAAAGUUCAGGACCUUCGGAUUUAGGGCAGAGCCAGGAGACGAUGAAUGCUAUUGCAAGUAUGGACUAUAACAAUACUAGCUUCAUUGAGAACUCAAUGGAUGAUAUUAAUGUUCUAGAUAUCAAAGGUGUCGAUGAUGAACGCGGUUAUUUUUCGCCUAUGAACUUUGAUUCGUGCAACUUUGGAGGGUUUGAUGAUUUUGCAAGGCAAUUUGAUGGUGCAGAGAGCUCCUUUUCAUUUCUUCCUUCUGGAUCGGGUAAUUUUGUACCGAAAAAUGGAGAGGGGCGUUAACAGAAUCAAAUUGGGGCGGCAUGUACUUAGUUUUCUACAUGGUUUCACAUAUGAUCUUCAUUGAUUUGCUAUUUUUUUGGGUAGGGGAACCAUUUAUUGCAACUGUUACAUGUAUUAUUAUUAGUGUUCUGUUCAUGUAUCUUGACUCACUGCAGUAUCCAAUAAAUUUCGUUGGCUUCGUCACACUUUGUUGCACAUAUGAAUUCAAGAAGCAUGUACUCAUUUCUA